GGAGUUUUCCUGGCCGAUUGGAACGUUUGGGCGGCUUGCGCGUCAUGGAUCAGUUCCAUCAGCACCUGGUGGCCUUGACUGCGGAGUACGAGCGCCUGGCGGCGGAGAACGCGCAGCUGCGGAGCGAGCCGCUGUUUCAGCUCAGGUCCCAAGCAUUCGGAAAGGACCUGCCGGAGGCGCCAGUGGCGCCGGUGACGCCCGUGAAGCCCUUCCACGCCUUCGAGCUCCCGGCGGUGCCAGAGGAGGUCCACCCGCAGAGUCAGAAGAUACCCAGUCCCGAGCCCAAGGACAAGCUAGAGAGAAAGGCGCAGGCGGCCCGGGGUCUGGACGAAGAGGCGUCCACGGAGGAGACGUCCACUUUCCUGCUGCUGCUGGACAUGGUGCCGGCGCUGGUGAUUUUGCUCUCCGCCGCGGUGGCGGGGCUUUCUGCAGACAUCGCGCCGGAACACGAGGUCUGGAAGAUCUUUGAGAUCAUGUUCACGGUCUUCUUCAUCGGCGAGGCUGUUGUGAAGGUGAAGGUCUUCGGCUGGAAGGAAUAUGCCUGCGGCGCGGACUGGUAUUGGAGUUGGUUCGACAUCCUCUGCAUCCUCCUGGCGCUCUUCGACAUGGGGGUCACUUACCUGGGUCCUCUGACCUCCGAGGAUGGCGCGGGGGCGGACACCGGCGCCAUGGGCUCCUUGAAGAUGCUGAAGCUGGCGCGGCUCGGGCGCAUCAUCCGCCUGCUGAAGUUCAAGAUCUUCCAGGAGCUGAAGCUGAUGAUCCAAGGAGUGUUCACUGGGCUGCGGGUGCUGUUUUGGGCAGUGGUGCUGCUGGUGAGUUGCAUGUACCUCUUGGGGGUGGUGACUCGCACUUUGUUCUCCCAGCACGAGGAGUUCGGCUCUGUGCCUGCAGCCAUGUUCACCUCCUUCCGCUGCUUCACAGACGGCUGCGCUGCUUUCGACGGCACGCCCCUGCAGGAGAGGCUGCGGAAGGACUUCGGGGGGGUCUUCAUGUUCGCUUACAUCCUGCUGUUCCUUUUCGUGACCAUCGGCAUUUUCAACCUGAUCAUGGCGGUGUUCAUCGACAACGUGGCGGACGGCAGCACCAAGAAGCGGCAACGCCAGCUGGGUCAAACCGCCCCGAAGACCGAGUGGACCAUCGCUUCCACCCUCCGACACAUCAUCCUCUGCGACGUCCUUCGCAAGGAGGCCGAAGAACAGAAGGAAGGCGGCCGGAGGGUGUCCAAGCUGCUGAAUGAACAGCUGAUGAGCCUCCAGGAGAUGUACGGGUACCGACCCCACACCACAGCGGAGUACGCUCAGCUCACCGACGAGAUCCGGCAGCAGAUGUCGGAGAAGAAUAUCGUGGUGACCAAGGAUGAGUUCAAUCACUGGCUGGCAACGGAGAAAGACCUCAUCGACAAGUUGGACGAGUCCGAGAUCGACAUGAGCUGCAAGUCUGACUUGUUCGAUGUCCUUGACGCCGACCUCAGCGGGGAGCUGGAGUUUGAGGAAAUGGUAGAUGGGCUGCUGAAAUGUCGAGGCCCCGCGUCCAAGACGGACAUCAUCGCGGUUCGCCUGAAGACCGCCCUGCUGGUGCGCAUGCUCAACAAGGUCUGCGAAAAGUUGGGCAUCGACGACCCGUGAGAGACCCGCUGCGACCCGCUGUCCUGAAUUUCCUGAAUUCCAUACCCGGGUCUUUACCUGCUUGACGUUGCCGGCCGUGUUUGUUGUUUCGUUUGUUCUUUCCUGAUUGCUGUUGUUGUUUACUG